AUGAAACUAACCAUUAGUAUACUGUGUGUCUUUUUUCUUAUAAUAACAAUUGGUGCUCCGCCUGUCGUCGAAAAUGUGAAUAAAGAUAAACAACAUGCUGAUUCAAAAGAAGAUAAUUCCGAUGAAGCGCUAAAUGAACUUGAAUAUAGUCGUUAUUUAAAAGAAGUUGUAGAAAUUCUUGAAAAUGAUCCAGACUUUAAAAAGAAACUUGAAAAUGCAUCUAUCGAUGAUAUCAAAUCAGGAAAUAUUGCUCAAUAUCUUGGUCUUGUUCAACAUCAUGUACGUACCAAACUUGAUGAAGCUAAACAACGUGAAAUGGCUCGAUUAAGAGAAUUAGUUGCACAAAGACUACGUAAUUUAAGUGAAAAAGAACGAAUGGAACUUGCUCGAGGUGAUCCAAAUGGAAAACAUGUGCAACAGUUUCUUCCUCAACAUAUUGAUCAUCAAAAUUCUGAAAGUUUUGGUCAAGCUGAUCUUGAACGUUUAAUUCGACAUGCAUCAAAAGAUUUAGAUGAAAUAGAUCGAAAACGUGAACAACAAUUUAAAGAAUAUGAAAUGACAAAAGAAUAUGAACGUCGUGCUAAACUUGCUCAAAUGAACGAAGAAGAACGUAAGAAACAAGAAGCUUUACAUCGAGAAGCAAUAGAAAAAAAGAAACAUCAUCCAGAAGUAAAUCAUCCAGGUAGUGUAGAUCAAAUGCAAGAAGUUUGGGAAGAUGUUGAUCAUCUUGAAGCUGAACAAUUUAAUCCAAAAUCAUUUUUUCAAUUACAUGAUAUUAAUAGUGAUGGAUUUCUAGAUGAAGGUGAAAUUGAAGCAAUAAUGCAGAAAGAAGCCGAAAAAGUUCAUGAUAAUACACCUGAAGCUGAUCCUGUUGAAAAACAAGAAGAAAUGGAUCGUAUGCGUGAACAUGUUAUGAAAGAAUUUGAUAAAAAUAAUGAUCGUAUGCUUUCAUAUGAAGAAUUUCAACAUGGAAUCAAUGCCGACGAAGCUAAAAAUAAUCAAGGAUGGCAGUCUAUUGAAGACAGUACUGUCUAUUCUGAUCAAGAAUUUCAAAGUUUCUCCGAACAGUUGGGUCAUGCAUCUACACCUCAUGCUUCUCAACCACAUAAUCCUGCUGCUGGCAAUCAAGUACCAUCACCACAAGAACAAGGACAUAUUCCACGAGCUCCACCAUCAGUGAACAGUCACUAG